AUGUCUGGAAAUCCUUCAUUUUACGAUAUUCGAAAUGAGUUCUAUAAAGAUACAAAUGGUGCUAUUUUGACUUUUGACGUAACAAAUAGAAAAACUUUUGAAAAUCUGAUUCGGUGGGUUCAUGAGUUGCAUUUCGAAUCCGGUGAAGCUAAUUCGGUUUCAUCUCCAGUCAUAAUUCUUUGUGGUAACAAGGUUGAUAAAGCGCCAAGAGCAGUGAGUUAUUAUGAAGUAUCUGAAUGGGCAGCAAUACAUCAGUAUCCAUACCUUGAAACAUCCGCACUUAGUGGUCAUGGAGUUACAGAAACUUUUAAU